AUGCUUUUGCGCUCUCAUCCUUCGGCAACUAGUUCCCUCUUUUAUCAACUGUGUUCCUGCGUAUAUAGAUGCUUCCUUUACCGCCUGUCUGACUGUGUUCGUGAUUGUUACGUUCCUCCCUUUACCAAAUGUGUUCGUGAUUGUUGCGUUCCUCUCUUUACCGCCUGUGUUCGUGAUUGUUACGUUCCACUCUUUUCCGCCUGUGUUCGUGAUUGUUGCGGUCCUCUCUUUACCGCCUGUGUUCGUAGUUGUUACGUUUCUCUCUUUACUGCUUGUGUCCGUGAUUGUUACAUUCCUCUCUUUACCGCCUGUGUUCGUGAUUGUUUCGUUCCUCUCUUUACCGCCUAUGUUCGUGACUGUUGUGUUCCUCUCUUUACCGCCUGUGUUCGUGAUUGUUUCGUUCUUCUCUUUACCGCCUGUGUUCGUAAUUGUUUCGUUCCUCUCUUUACCGCCUGUGCUCGUGAUUGUUUCGUUCCUCUCUUUACCGCUUGUGUUCGUGAUUGUUUCGUUCCUCUCUUUACCGCCUGUGUUCGUAAUUGUUUCGUUCCUCUCUUUACCGCCUGUGUUCGUGAUUGUUUCGUUCCUCUCUUUACCGCCUGUGUUCGUGAUUGUUUCGUUCCUCUCUUUACCGCUUGUGUUCGUGAUUGUUUCGUUCCUCUCUUUACCGCCUGUGUUCGUGACUGUUGUGUUCCUCUCUUUACCGCCUGUGUUCGUGAUUGUUUCGUUCUUCUCUUUACCGCCUGUGUUCGUAAUUGUUUCGUUCCUCUCUUUACCGCCUGUGUUCGUGAUUGUUUCGUUCCUCUCUUUACCGCUUGUGUUCGUGAUUGUUUCGUUCCUCUCUUUACCGCCUGUGUUCGUAAUUGUUUCGUUCCUCUCUUUACCGCCUGUGUUCGUGAUUGUUUCGUUCCUCUCUUUACCGCUUGUGUUCGUGAUUGUUUCGUUCCUCUCUUUACCGCCUGUGUUCGUGAUUGUUUCGUUCCUCUCUUUACCGCCUGUGUUUGUGAUUGUUACGUUCCACUCUUUACCGCCUAUGUUCGUGACUGUUGUGUUCCUCUCUUUACCGCCUGUGUUCGUGAUUGUUACGUUCCUCCCUUUACCGCCUGUGUUCGUUAUUGUUGCGUUCCUCUCUUUACCGCCUGUUUUCGUGAUUGUUUCGUUCUUCUCUUUACCGCCUGUGUUCGUGAUUGUUGCGUUCCUCUCUUUACCGCCUGUGUUCGUGAUUGUUGCGUUCCUCUCUUUACCGCCUGUGUUCGUGAUUGUUGCGUUCCUCUCUUUACCGCCUGUGUUCGUGAUUGUUGCGUUCCUCUCUUUAUCGACUGUGUUUACCGGGGUUGCGCUCUUCUUUGUGACAGGUGCGUUCCUGAUUGUUGCAUUUCUCUCUUUACCGUCUGUGCUCUCUUCUAUUACCGGCCGAUUUUUACCAGAACGACAAAAACGGAGAACUGGAGAUGGUUAUGA